CAGCCCCCCCCCCCCCGCUCCCGUUCGCUCACAAAUACUUACUGCCGCCAUCACGCAGACGUGCGCCUUCAUACAUGUGAACAUAUUGGCACAUUUGGAGCGAGGGACCCCGGGGGGAAGGAUGUGUGCACCUGGACGGCCGGUCACGCUGCUGCUGCUCCAUCUGAUCAGCUCAGCCUCCUCAUCCCCCGUUUCCCCUCCCACACCUGCUCCACCUCUCCCAUGGCAAGUCGUGGCCCCCGCCCCGUCUCUGGCAUCCUCCCCGCCCCUCGGUGACUCAGCGGUGGGCUGCCCUCUGACGGUGUCUCCCUCCACCCUGGUCGUCAGGUUCGGAGAUCCAGCCACUGCAAACUGCUCUGUGUCCCAGAUGGGCUUCUCUCUCCUUGGUUGGGAAGUCUCACUGGCGGCUCCUGACCCCACGAUGGAUGGGUUUCUGGUCUGGCAUGUUGACAGGUUGACUGACUGGGGCAUCCGACCAAUAUGCUAUGCGCUAGCUGACACGGGGGGGCGGUGCGACAUCGCUCUCCCUCUGAUAGUGUACAAGCCUCCACACAAAGUGUCCAUCAGCGCUAACCACACUGGGCCGAUGAUGGAGGGUCAUCGGUACACUCUGCAGUGUACAGUAGAGGACGUGGCUCCUGUUAAGAACCUCUCUGUGAGCUUCUACAGAGGACAGACAGCACUGGGUCUCCCACAGUCCAUCAACAGCACAGAGGAGGAACCAGAGAAACCAGUGACUCAGAACUUCACUCUGGACAUCAACCCGGGUAGAGAAGAUGAUGGAGCGGAGUACUGGUGUGAAGCGAAGCUGGAACUGGGACCUGAAGGACUGAAGCUCCCUUUAGUGAUGUCACAAAAGAUCACCACCAUUGUCCUCUUUGGUCCGUGGCUCUCGUGUCCCACAAAGCUGCAGGUGAGAGAGGGCGAGAGUCUCCGCUGUGAGGUGGGCGGAAACCCUUCGCCGUUGGUCACAUGGUUCAGAGAUGGACAAGUGGUUGCCCUGCCCACUCACUCAAGCAGAGGGGAUGCUGGGAAAUACACGGUCUCUGCAACAGGACGCCUCGGACAGAAAAACUUCACGGUGGAGGUGGAGGUCCUCCCUGCCAGUGGAAACACAAACAGCUGUAAUGAACACUUCCUGUUGGCCAUCCUGCUGAUUCAGAUGAUUAACUGGCUGUAGGACUUGAGGUGGGAUUCCUCGCUCUGGAUGAGCGGCUCCGGGCCUGAGAAUCGCUGGAAAACUCGUCGAGUCUCUCUUCAUUUGUUCAAGCGGCUCCGGUUUUCUCUCUCAACGUCUUAUUUCGCAACUUCCUUUUCAUCAGAAUCUCAGGUCCCAUUAGAAGCGGAGUUCCUUUUUGAGCUUCUGCCCAGGUACAUUUUCUUCUUUCCUUACAGCAGGUUGAUGAUCCACAACCACACGGACUCUCUGGAUCCUCUUCCAACAGUGUUUCACUUCCUGUCUGUGGACAUGCGUUUAUUAUUCUGCAGAAUGAAGACCCACCAAAGUGGA